AUGUUUCUGCACUUAAGUGUUGCUUUUGAUUAUGCUGAUGAUUAUGAUGGUGAUGAUGAUGAUAGUCAUGACGAUGAUUUUGAUGGUGAUGAUGAGGGUGAUGAUGACGAUGAUGAUGAUGAUUAUGAUGGCGAUGAUGAUGAUGAUGAUUGGCAUGAUGAUGAUUAUGAUGAUGAUGAUGAUUAUGACGGUGAUGAUGAUGAUUGUCAUAAUGAUGGUGAUGAUGAUGAUUGUCAUAAUAAUGAUGAUGAUGAUGAUGAUGGUGGUGAUGAUGAUUGUCAUAAUGAUGAUGGUGGUGAUGAUGAUGAUUGUCAUAAUGAUGAUGAUGGUGAUGAUGAUUAUGAUGGUGAUGAUGAUGAUUAUGAUGGUGAUGAUGACCGUCAUGAUGAUGAUUAUGAUGGUGAUGAUGAUGAUGAUGGUGAUUGUCAUAAUGAUGGUGAUGAUGAUGAUUGUCAUAAUAAUGAUGAUGGUGAUGAUGAUUGUCAUAAUGAUGAUGAUGGUGAUGAUGAUGGUGAUGAUGAUGAUUAUGAUGGUGAUGAUGACCGUCAUGAUGAUGAUUAUGAUGGUGAUGAUGAUGAUGAUGGUGAUUGUCAUAAUGAUGGUGAUGAUGAUGAUGAUGAUUGUCAUAAUAAUGAUGAUGGUGAUGAUGAUGAUUGUCAUAAUAAUGAUGAUGGUGAUGAUGAUUGUCAUAAUGAUGAUGGU